UUCCUAACCAAAAACAGUUUCUAAAAAAAAACAAGAAGAAGAAGAGAAGAACAAGAUUGCCACAAACACCCAAAAAGAAAAGAAAAGUGCCAAGUGGCAUAAGAUCUAGACACUUAAAUCCAGACCAAUCAACGUCAAAGUUAUUGCCACGUCAGAAAUUGUCCAUAACAAGCAACGUCCUCACCGACUCCACAAAUUUAACGUGCACAUCCCCACACUUUAUUCCGCCUUCCUCCACUCACAGAUCCAAAAGACUCGAUCGUAAAUAUCAAUUUCACACAAUAUUCCCCACUUUCCCAGCACCUUUUUUCAACUGCAUUUCAUUUUCCGAUCACCGGACGAGACAUUUCUCCACCCUAAUUUCCUCCUACUACGGCGGAACGCGGCGGUCGGUGGAUGGCAAGAACCAAUAAAUAUACCUCCCUUAACUUCAACGACAUCUACGAAAAGAAAACCACUAGCAGCAGCUCCGCCACCUCCGGUAGACCGCACUCUUCUUCAUCAUCUUCUUUUAAUGGUCCCAAUAAGACUAUUAUCUCCAACUCACGUAUCCAUGGCCACAUGCUUGUCCUGAGCCGGCCCACUCCCAAGCCCAUCUCCAUUCCGCAACCCCAGCCUCAGCCUCUUCCGAUCCAGCUACAGCCCAAGUUACAAAGCCCACCGGAUCAAACCCGAGCUGAAUCGGACUCCAUUUCGCUUCGUCCACAGGGUCGUACUGGGUCGGGGCCGACUGCUACACUUUCUUCGUCUCCUGUGAACCCGCCUUCACCUUUGCAAUCGCCUUUGCCAAAGUCGAACCGGUUCGUGCCGCCACAUCUUAGACCGGGAUUUGUGGGCCGGGAGGAGAAACCGGUCCCGGAUGGUCAGGGAUUGAGAGCUAAACAGGAGGUUGGGCCUGGGCCGCAUCGUCAGGGAGCACAUCUUGGGUCGUCACCUAAUCGGUUCGGAGAGAACGGUAGGCCCAAAUCGGGAGGUGGGUAUGAACGAAUGAGGAGAGGAUUUGGUGAGGCUGAUGCGGUGGACUUCAUGAACCGGCCUGGUUCUAGCGGGGCUCGGCCCAGCUCUAGUGGAUGAUGUCAUCAUGAUCUUGAUGGAGCUUUGGGCUCCACUUUGCCGAUGAGGGUGGGAAGGUCUUUUCAGAGGCAAAAAUAUGCUUGCAAGAUCAGCAGCGGAUGGAUGUUACUUACUUUCAGGAAUGCAGUGGUUAUUGAAGUCAUGGAAGUUGGAUUAUGACCAGGUUGCUCCUUUAGUCUGCAGUAACUCCAGUAACCAAAUAAUGUCUUGCUGGUGUUAAAAGAAGACUCUCAAGGAUCAAAGCUCGAUCGAAUUGUUUCUUUCAUUUCUUGCCUUGUAAUUUUCUUUUGCUUUCCACUACCUACUCUCUGAGAAAGAGAGAAGGUUUAAAUGGAAUUUAGUGUACUGUAUGUUUUUCUUUACACGCUAUAUUGUGCAAAUACCAUAAAUUGGUGUAUUCUGAUGGUUUGCUACCACGAUCACCAUAUUGCACUUUCAGACUGUCUGUAUUACAGUGGAUAUGAAUUUGUUUCUAUUUUCAGGGUUUCUUCUCUUUC